AUGUCCGAAUCUUUGAAAGGCAACCGUACUCUUGAGAUUCUGUUGAAGGCCGAGAGAGAAGGGUAUGGUAUUCUGGCACAGACUUGUUAUGAUGCUAACUCGGUCAUUGGGCUCGUACGAGCCGCCGAACGAUCCAAAUCCCCCGCUAUUAUCCAGCUCUUCCCAGUAACUCUGGCUUAUGGGAAGGGUCCUUUCCUUCAGUUCUGCUUAGACGCUGCACACUCUGCAUCUGUUCCCAUUGCCGUGCAUCUAGACCAUGCCACCGAUAAAGAGCAUCUCGAGCUUGCAGUCGGCCUUGCCGAACAAGGCAUCGCGUUCGAUAGCAUAAUGGUCGACGCCAGCCACGCGGAGACUGACGAAGAAAACAUCGCAGAGGCACGGCCCUGGGUCGAGCGUGCUCGGAAGGUUGGCGUAGCUGUUGAAGUAGAACUCGGAAGACUGGAGGGCGGGGAAGCCGGACUACGCAUGAUUUCAGGGGCAAAGCUCACGAACCCGGCCAAAGCUGACGCUUUCAUAACCGGUACUGGCGCCACCAUUCUUGCGCCAUCUAUUGGUAACCUUCACGGUUCAUACAUUAAUCCGCCGAAUUUUAACCAAGACAUUUUGAGGCAACUCAGGGCGACCUUCAGCGGUCGUGACGUUCCUCUUUGCUUGCACGGCACCGAUGAGAUUCCUGAUGAGCUAUUCAGGGAGUGUGUGAAGAGCGGUGUCAGCAAGUUCAAUGUUAACUCAUGGGGACGCGACCCCUACGUCGAAGCUCUCACAACUGGACUAAAGUCAAAGCCCUUCCCGGACGCUGUCGAGGAGGCCACUGAGGUCUUCGCCAAGGUUUGCGAUAGGUUCUUCGUCUUAUUUGAUUCCGUGGCCAAGGCAUAA